CCUCAGGAGAGCUUGACACAGGGAAAUCUCAGUUUUUCUGCGCUGAUAAAAGAACUCUUUUUACAAAGGAUUCUCGCGUCCAGGACCAGCCUCUCGUUGAAGACGCCACAACCGAUUCUAAUAGCAAUCGCCCUUCUCCGUCUUUUGAGGGCGUUUCCCCAGCUAUAACUCCCUCCACGGAGGCCAAUCCAGACGAAGACACUGUCGAGUGCCUUUUACGGGUCUCUGGCUCCGACGACGGAAACGUACAAGCAUCUCGCAGUCCGAAAGAUCGCACGCGCUUCGCCACUCCCCCACCUAGAGUUCUUCCUGCACACAUUCAGAACGACCAAAAGUGUUCCCCGCCGAAAAGAACUAUGGCAGCUGAGUAUGAUGCUUUUUGCAAGGAUGAUCCUGUUCACAAGGCUGCCGACCAUGAAGAGAAGCUGUUGAGCGAAAUUGAUUCCGUCACUGUUGAACUCGCUGGCGAGGAGUUCAAGGAGCUUGUUCCUGGCAUAGACAUGGACGAUGAAGUGGCGCACGACGUGAAGGGAUUCGAUACCAUUGAUUUCUCCCAACUCAAUAGCAAGACAGAGGACCUUCGAUACAGUCCUUUGUGUGAUGUAUUCAACUCUGUGGCAAAGGUCUCAGACUGCAAAGGACGCUUCAGCAUUACGGCCACACACUGCGAGACAAAGGAAACCGACUUUCGCCCAGAUAUGGCGCUCUACCCGGAGGAUGUGCCCUUGGCGAUGGAGGCAUAUCUCCGCGGAAUUCAGGAGGAUGACACGAACGCUGCUCGGUGUGCCUGGGCAUGGAUGAUUAUAGCUCUUGAGGUUAAAUGCAAGGACGAAGACGCUGGCUACGGCUUUGAAGUCAUGUCUACGGACACCGACUCCCGAGCACGGAUUCCGCUCCUUCGCGACACUCCCAAGGGUCGUCAGUCACGGGCCCAGUUUGUCAAGUACGCAUGCGAAAUUAUGCAACGGCAGCAUCGCACCCACGUGUACUCCAUAUAUAUCGCCUCAUCAGCCGUCCGCUUCUUUCGUUUCGACCGAGCUGGCUGCGUUGUUUCGGCCCCGAUAGACCUCCAGUCCCAGUUCACCCUGUUUCGUGACAUCACAUAUCGACUUCUUAACCUCUCGCCCAAGGACCAGGGCUUCGAUGGCACUGUCAGCUUGGCAUCUCCUGAUCUCCUUCGGACACUCCGCGCAUGUCGUCCAAAAGGCAAACCUGCCCUGGAGCAGUUUAUUCAGGAUUAUCUGACUCCGGAUAAGCAUUUGUAUCCCAUCUACAAGAUUACAUGUCCAGUCAUCUCUAUUGGCGAUGCCGCCCAGAUUGCCGGUGUCGACGAUGCUGGAGACCCGCUUCCCCCGGAGCAGAGGACAUACCUGGUUGGCAAGCCUAUCACUGCGCGUUCGUCGCCUACUGGUCGAUGUACCAGAGGCUAUGUGGCUCUUGAAGUUGAGAUGCAGCGCAUGGUUUUCCUGAAAGAUCAAUGGCGGGCAACCCCUCGGCGACCGGAGUUGGACGUGUAUCGGCGUUUACAUAGCCGUCUCCAAGACGAGGAUCGUGAAUUUUUUGCCACACCCAUCGCUGGGGGAGACGUCGAUAACCACAGGACGGGGUCACAACACUUUAUGCAACAUUUCAACAUCAGCGUUCGGCCCGCCGAGCGUGUUCACACCCGCCUCGUUACGAAGGAGAUUGGCCGACCACUAGAAACCUAUCGUGGCUCCUUUGAGCUGAUCACUUUCGUCACACAAGCCCUCGGUGCUCAUGCGCUCGCCUGGGAAGUAGCAGGGGUCCUUCAUCACGAUGUCAGCCCGGGUAACAUUCUCAUCAAUACCGAUAAUAAUGUGGCAUUUCUCAACGAUUGGGACUUGGCGAAGUACCGCGAAGACUUAUUGAACGGUGUCUCUGCGUCGGAGCCGGCUGGCGGCACCUGGCCUUUCAAAUCCGCACUCGCUUUACGAUAUCCCUUCAAGCCUGCCGAAGUCGCGGACGACAUUGAAUCGUUCGUCUACAUCUUGCUUUUCAUGGCAAUGAGUUUUCAUUUUCACGAGUUCUCCUCUUUGGCCCCGGUUGGCUCUUCUCUGGAGCAGCAAAGGGCUGCCAAUGCACGGAACGAGAGCCUUGCAUUCCGUUUUUACGAAGUAUUCCACGAGGCGGAGCGAAGCCAAGGUAUCUACGUCGGCGGCUUCGUGAAAGAGAUGGCCAUCCAAGCCAUUCGAGUUCCCAUCAAACUGGAUCAAUUAAACGGACCCUCAUCGCUGGAACGUGUACUGCAAAAGGCUUACAAACUGUUGAACCGCCACUACCGUCGAGUUGAUCAGACUACCCUUGAUCAGUUUUCAGUGGCGCCCAAGGCCGGCGGGCCCAGUCGGUUCGCUCGUGAGAAGGGCUUCGGACAGAAGAAGAGCCCGUCUCACACUGCGCGGUAUGCUCCGGACGUGUUUAGCCGCCAUCCACAUCUUAAUCGACGCGCACCCCCAUCUUCGUCCGGCUCGUCCUCAGGUUCGGCUAUUAGCAACGGUUCACAGAGGCCCCUAGACAAGCACGAUGCAAUGCUUCAAAUUCUACAAUCGGCAUGGUUCGAUGAAGACGGUCACCCCCUGGAUAUCACUGACUACUUGGACGACUGCCUAUACGACCAGUGCACGAACCAGCCGGUGAUGACUUCGUCGCGCCGGAAGAACUUCACCGGAGUGGUGUUCGCACAUGUUCUCGCGGAGUCUCUCAAGAGCAUGACACGGAAGAUCGAUGAGGGCGGAUCUGAGUGUUCGGAUCGGCUGCGUGAUAUCGAAGAAGAGUCUGAGGGUGACGACGCCGAGGGCAAUAACGCGGGGAGGUCUGGCCUAGGCGCCUCGCGGCCGACAGCGAGGACAAGGGCCUCGCGAACGGCAAAGGAUCGCAAGAAGACGCUGAAGCCGAAGAAGAUUACAACGCCCAGAAAGACUACAACAUCCAGAAGGGCUUCCCCUCCUCGAAAGGCGAAGGCGGUUAUGCAGGUGGCCACCGCGCGGAAGGCCACCAAUGCCCGGAAGUUGAGGACGUCCCGCAAAUCCUCAGCUUCCGGAGCGAAAGCACUUGUUCCCGCUCAUGAAGCGAUCUCGAAAGCAAAGCCGGCGACAGCUGCUACUAAGACAUCUGCGAAACCGAAGGCCAGGGCUGCAGCUGCGGCCCCGAAGAUCACCAAAGCGUCAAAGGCUGCUGCCACCGUCGCCACUGCAAUGAAACCCAACGAGCGUGCAGCACCUGCGAGGGUCGCAGCUGACAAGACGAUGAUUCGUGCAGGCCCAGUGCGGAGGUCUGCACGGUUGGCAACGGAGCAAGAUGGCGCCCCUUCGCCGCCCACCAUUGGCAAGCGUAAACGGGACGACAAGGCUCCAGACGCCGAGGAUGCGCAACUUCGUACGUGUACGAUACAGAAACGCAAGACCAACACUCGGGAUAUGCAUGAAAUAGAGCCUGCGGUCGUGCAGAAACCUGUCGCGCGGAACGCUACCAAGUCGCGAAAGGCGGCGAAAGCAGCGCCAGAAGCCCCUGCGAGGAGGUCAACUCGCCUUGCUGCCAAAAAGGCCUGAGCAUGGAGUUUCGCAUGCUGUAUCAUUAUGUCAUCUGUAGCCUUAGCUU